AUGAGUACUGACAAACAGAUAGUUUUCAGCAUCAUUGGUGAUAAGGGAGUUGGUAAGACCUCACUCUUAUACUGCUACACAACUGAUGAGUUCAACUGGAAUUACGAGCCAACCAACUGAGAACACUAUGAGGCUACCACAACUAUAGAGAACAAUGAUUUUUUCCUUGAAUUUUGGGACACUAGUGCUAACGAAGAAGAUGAUCAAGCUAGGAAAUUUUGUGUAGAAAAAUCUCAUUGCUUUGUAGUAGCUUUCAGCCUCCUUGACCAGAAUACAUUUGAUAAUGCAAUCGACAAGUGGAUACCGUUUAUCAAAGCUCACUGCAUGCCAGAAGUCAAGCUCAUUGGUGACCGUAAUCUAGAAGAAUCAAAGAAUGUACCUCGUGCUGCCUCACGGGCUAAUUUUAAACAUGAUGUGAUAGAGGAAGAGCCCAGCGAGGAAGACCGGAGCUCAGAGCUAAGCAAACCUAAAAAGCCUUCUCAUAUUGAAGAAUCAAAGGAGAAUAGAGAAGUGAGUGCUGAUGGUGAGGGAGAAGGCAGUGAUAACUCAGACACCACCAUUAAUACAGGCGAUGCUGAGUUUCAAGUCAGUAACGAGAAAUGGAACAUUGUUCUCGUUGGUACCAAGAAAGAUCUCCUCAAGGACGAGAAAUUGGUGAAUGAUUAUAAAAAGCAAGGGAUGUAUCCUGUUAAUACCCAAGAUGCUGAAAAUUAUGCACUAGAGCAUGGUGUAUUCUAUUUCGAAACCAGCUCAUUGCUAGGAGACAACAUUUCAGAAUCAUUCAAUGUGUUGAUUCAGAGUUUUUAUACUCAGACUGACUUUUUCACCCAAACAAAUGAAACCAGUGAAAAUAUUGAGGAAGAGGAUUCUGAAGAGCCUCCAUUUAUCCCUCAGAUUAAUAGUAAUGGCUUCACACUGCCAUUUGAGAAACAAAUAGAGAAAAUGAAAGAGAAAAACAGCAAAAAUCCAAAGAAUGUCAAAAAGAAGGCAGAUCAGGUUGGAAAUGAAAAAGAUGAAGAUGAUGAUACUGGAGCUUUGGAGCGGAACAACUCCGGUGCUGCUAAUGAUCCUGACGACAAACAAGAAGGAAAGGAUGGUGCAAAUGGCAAAAAAGAUAAAAAGUGUAUCAUAUUCUAA